UGCAAAUGACUGGUGCCAGGGCUUUGUGUUCCCCAAAGUCUCCGGAAGAAAAUUAUGCAAAAGAUAUAAAAAAGUAAGGAGAAAUUUAAUUCUGGUCACUGUUGUUAUUGCAGAAAAACAAAAGAAGGCCAAGUCAUUGCAAGCAAAAAAGAUUGCAAAGGACAUGGAAAGGUGGGCGAAGUCUGUGAAUGCUGCGAAGACACAACUUGACGAUAACAAGAAAGGAAUUGCUGCUGCUGCAUCCAAAACAGACGAAACCAAAUCUGCUUCAGACGAAGUGUUUAAAGUGCCCUUUGGAGUCCCUCCUAAACUUUCCUCAUCACUGAAUAUUGCUAAGAGCAUCGCAGCUGGUAUGGCAGCAGAAGUCAGGGAUGAUGUAGCGGCGUCCAGUCCACUUGCAGCCUUGACCAUGACCAAGGAAACAAGUAAAACAGAAACGGUUAAAAGUGGCAUAGUUGCCGCAGAAUACGGAGAAGACGAUUCUGAUCCGGAAGAAGACAUCAACGACAAGUUUACCGACUUGAGUAUCAUGGCUUGCUUGUUGUGCAAACGACAGUUUCCAAACAAAGAAGCUCUGGAAAGACAUCAGAAAUUUUCCGACCUUCACAAGCAAAAUUUAGAGAUUCAUAAGAAGAUGGGAAUGACUGAUGAGCAGCUUGAAGCUUACGAGAGACAAGAACGAGAGAACAAGUACCGUGACAGAGCAAAGGAGAGAAGAGAAAAAUACGGCCAGCCAGAAGCUCAGAAAGUUAAGGUACCGUCAAGACGAAGAGGUGGUGGAGGAAGCAUAACUUAUGAACAGCCUCCCGCCGAGCGGAUUGGUGGAGAGAAUAUCGGCAAUCAAAUGUUGAAGGCCAUGGGCUGGACUGAGGGGAGUGGUCUGGGGAAGGAAGGUCAAGGUAUCGUUAACCCCAUUGAGGCAAAAAUGCGGAGUCAGAAUGCCGGUCUUGGGUUGAAAGGAAGCAGUUAUGGCGCGUCCUCUUCGGAUUCUUAUCGGGACAAACUCAAAAAACUGGCACGAUCACGCUUUAACGAUUCUUAACAGAUGUAUGUGGAUUCCCAGCUAUCAAGUGGGCCAAAGUUGUCCCAGGAGUGUCCUCCAGAAGUUGAACUCGAGAAAACGGAGAGUCGGGUCGCCGCGUUAAAAACUUCGACGAAGAACCUGGAGAAAUUCAGAAUUUCCACAGAUAGUUUGAGCAGUCGCGCUCAUGAGAAACGAAAUCUUUGUUCGCUCACUUUCUUCGCUUAGAAUAUGGCCGAAUGGGCAAGCCUACAAGAUUUGCCGUUGUUGGUUAUCUCGUCGUUUUUGUAAGUUAUUGGUUGAAAGGAAUGAGAAUAUUGGGCUCCCUUGUCAUUGAUGUGUAGAUGAGGAUGAACACUGUAGAUAAAAAAAAAUAAAAUUAUUGUAAUAAACAGUGAAAUAGCG